AAUGAUUAUAAACUGAGAUGGAAUCCAAAAGAGUUUGGAGGAGUUGAAUUCAUCCGAGUGCCGUCCAGCAGGAUUUGGAAGCCAGACAUCGUGCUUUAUAACAAUGCAGUUGGAGAUUUUCAGGUUGAUGACAAAACUAAGGCCCUGCUACGUUACAAUGGAGACGUUACUUGGAUUCCACCAGCCAUUUUCAAGAGUUCUUGCAAGAUUGACGUGACAUACUUCCCCUUCGAUUACCAAAACUGCACCAUGAAGUUCGGCUCCUGGACUUACGACAAGGCAAAGAUCGAUCUGGUGCUGAUUGGAUCUACGAUCAACCUCAAGGACUUCUGGGAAAGCGGGGAGUGGACGAUUAUUGACGCUCCUGGUUACAAACACGACAUUAAGUACAACUGCUGUGAGGAAAUCUACACGGAUAUCACUUAUUCUUUGUACAUCCGCCGUCUGCCGCUUUUCUACACCAUCAACAUGAUCAUCCCCUGUCUGCUCAUCUCCUUCCUCACAGUGCUGGUCUUCUACCUGCCAUCUGACUGUGGUGAGAAGGUCACUCUGUGCAUCUCUGUCCUCCUGUCUUUGACCGUCUUCCUGCUUGUUAUCACUGAAACCAUUCCUUCCACCUCACUGGUGAUCCCCCUGAUUGGAGAGUACCUGCUGUUCACCAUGAUCUUUGUCACCUUGUCCAUUGUCAUCACUGUUUUUGUGUUGAACGUACACUACCGCACUCCAAAGACACACACCAUGCCCUGCUGGGUUCGUAGCGUGUUCCUGGGGCUCCUGCCUCGGGUGAUGUUCAUGACCAGACCGGAGAGGGACCCAGAGAAGGUGACCGUGUCAAACAACAUUCAGAUGAUGACGUCCAGACACCAUGCAGCUCAUUCUGCAAAUGCUCUGCAGAAACAGUUCAAACCUCACGUGCUGGCCUCCAGCGUGGUGUCCAGCAUUACCAACCGUCAGCGGCUUUUUAACAACACACAGCUCUCCAACCUCAACAACCUCAACAGUUCAGAGUCAAUCAAAGAUGCAAAUCUUGGGUUGCUGACUGGCGAGGGUCACUGCAACUGCAGCUGGCAACAGAGGUCCAGCAAACUGCCCGCAGACUCAGGUGGAGGCAGUGGAGGACUUGAGUGUCUAGGGAUGAUGGGUGGAAGCAGCACCGUCGGGUUGGGAGUGGAGAGUCAACGCUCCAGCUCUGAGUCUCUGGACGCAGGAAUAUUGUCUCUGUUGCCUUUGUCCCCUGAGGUCAGAGAAGCUGUUGAGAGCGUCAAAUACAUAGCCGAGAACAUGAGGCUCCAAAACGAAGCAAAGGAGGUUCAGGAUGACUGGAAGUAUGUUGCCAUGGUAAUCGACAGGAUUUUCCUCUGGGUUUUUGUCCUAGUGUGUAUCCUCGGAACAGCCGGACUCUUCCUCCAACCACUGCUUGUUGGUGAAGACAUUUGAGUUGGUGACAAAACUGAAAACAUGAAACUGUAACAAUGCACAAAAUGUGUUAUUUAAAUUAUACAAAUCAUACAACUCAUAGAAUGUUUCUUUGAACAAAACACAGUGAAAUCAAACAUGUUGUCCCUAAAACCUAAAUUGUGUUGUAAACUAGUUAAAAUCUUAAUCUAAUAUAGAAUAGAAUACGGUCACGGUGCUAGAUUAAAUGUAUUAAAUAUAGGAGUUAAAGCUGAGGAUUACCUUGAUCUCAUUAUGGUUGUCAUAAAACUGUAAAACUACAAAAUAUUCAGUCAUUUUUCUUUCAGUCAUUUUAUAUUUUUAAUAAUUUCAAUCACCAAAUAUAAUUUCGGACAUAAGACGUCCGUAACAUAAGAAUUAAAUGAUUUCUACGUCGUUCUGUGAGAAAAAAAAGUGGUCAAACACUGACCCCACGUGGCCAAAAAUCUUCGUGUAAUAAACAGACGCGUGUACGUCACUUUUUGUCAAUAUAUGUGUAUAUAUUCUCUCUUAUAUGAAAUUUUAAAUAAUUUCAGGAACAUGUACAUAAUUAAAUCAUUUUUUCUAUUUCUGUAAAUAUUGUGGGUUUUUUUAAACAUGACAAGAUGUUAUUAAAAACCAAAGGUGUUAAAACAUACUCCUCCUUGGUGUGGACACUACUUUUUGGAUUACAAAACACUGUUCAAUUUCUUCCAUCAUCAUUUACUGUAAAUGUUCUCUGGAAAAAAUGCUGUUUUCAGUCAAUCAUCCCGUCAGUCAUGCGUCAGUCAUACGUCAGUAAACCAACUCCAGAACAUUGAGCAUAAUGUUUAAAAAAAUCUCCAGGAAAUACACACACGGACACGAGUUAUCGAACCUGGUCCUAAUGAUGCUAUAGCUCCGCCACAGUUUCAGUCACUGUUUUUGUUUUUAGUUCCUCAUUUGCGCGUAAAACAAGCGCAUAGACUGCGUGAAGACUCACCCGGU